AUGUACUCUACAGACUAUGUGGACCUGAUGGACAGGACAGGGGAGCUGGUGAACCUGAGUGUAAAGGAGAAGAGCAUGGAGCCAGCCAGCAGUCUGAUGAAGGAGAGGCACAGCUACGUUCUCAUACGCAUCUGCAGAGGUGAUGGGACUGAAGGGCAGAAGUAUGUGCCACUCCUAAAUGACCUUGACAAGAGCCAUCCCGAGUUAGCAGAGGUCCUAAAGAAGCUGUCCAACCCAGGUAAGGAGCAGGAAGAAAAGGGUGGUCCCUCAAGGAAAGGUUCUGUCAAUCAGAUCCGGCGCAAGCCCACUGCUGGAAACAAGAAGAACCAUCCUGGAAGACUUAAAAAGAUAUGAAGAAAGGAGAGGAGGAAGGCUGAAAAAGAUGGUGAUGGACAUGCAUGUAUAGAAAGCUGUGGACCACAUACAUGUAAUUGUGUUGGUGCUGUGGUUCUCUUCACUCCAAUUAUUUUUUACUUUGGUAAAUUUAGGUUGAUAAAUUAACAUUCCCACAUAUCCCUUGUCAUGGCGUUGCCCCCCCCCCCCAUAAAUACCUUUCUCCCUUCCCUCUCUCUUGACUCUACAGAGGGACUCUUGAUUAGCCUUUGUUAAACAGAGAGUCUGGGAACAUCAAACAAGUGGAGGGAAAGGAACCAUAUUUCGGUAAUUGAACCAGUUGAAAAUAUGCAUUGGUACUUAAUGAAUAUGAUGUCAGUUCAGUUGUCAUCUGAGACAUUAUGACUGAUGACAGGACGACCUAAACUGUAUCUGGGAAAGUCUACAUAUUAUAGUUAUCAGAUUCACAUGGAAUUGUUGUGCAAUUCAAAUGUUUAAAUAUACAAUUAUUGGUGAAAAGAUUAAAUGUAAUUUUAGCUUCCAAAUGAGAGAUUUGGGUUUUCAUAAGGUUAGGCAUGGGUUAGACAUGGGCUUUAAACUAUGAAACACACCCUUCUCCCUCCACUAUAUAAAAGCCCUUGACGAUAAUGUAACCUCCUGUUCCGGGUACAUUAGGAUGACGAUCCGAUGUCAGAAGGAUUCAGAUAAUAGCUACAGAACGAAGCCAACCUCAGCGUGAGCUUUGAUUGCGAAUGGUAUGAACUUUGAACUCUUAUUCGCUACAGAAGUGAUACCUCCUAGCCGUUGAGUUAGCAGCGGCCGCUGUAAACGUGGGCUAGGAGAGUACAGACAGAGUAUCCCAUCGACCACACAACGAUGACACUACAACGUUUCCCGUUCACCACCAUAGACACUCUUCAAAGGAUGGAAGAACUCUUGGGCAACUCGAUCUUCCAUCUACCACCAACCUAUUGAAGCACAGCUCAGAGUAAAUAUUCAUUAUGUUUUCCUUUUCCAAAUGGGCAGUAAUUUAGAAUGCAUAAGAUCCUGUAUUUACGAUAGAGACAUCGCUUCUCCCUUUGUUCUUCAGUCUACCUGCUCUUUCACUCAAACCCAACCCCCAUUUUCUUUGUGUAACCAGCUGUCAUAUCUGUUCCGUCCGCUAGGGACGUUUUCCUUUAUGACAUAAUUUGUAAUCAAGGUAUGAUUCAUUCUGUGUAUAUGUAAUUCUGUGUGAUUAAUUAGGUAUUUAGUAAAUAAAUAUUAAACCCAAUUUUGAUUGGGUAAAAUUAAUUACAGAGAAAGGAUUUUAUAGAAUAGCAUGUCAUAUCACUUAAUCCGGCAAAGCCAAAGACACAACACCUUGGUAAAAGUAAGAAUGGCACUUGCAUGUAGCUUGUCUCCUGUGUGUACUAGAAGCUGGUAUUGGCCCAGAAUUGUUUUUUUACUAAUGUAGGAUUAUUUGUCUGAGUUAACACAGGCAGCCCAAUUAUAUGUAAAAGAGCUGAUCUGAUUGGUCAAAAAACCAAUUAAUGGAAAACGUUCCGAAUUGGACUGCCUGUGUAAACUGCAGUCUAAUGUGAGAAUUAUACUAUAUGGACCAUUGAACUUAUUAAAGGCAUAUAAAUGUAGCCUGAGCCUACUUAUCCAUGUAUUCACAACAAUUAAUAAUGUUUAAAUUAAAUUAUUAGUUGAACAACUAAUAAAGGUAGCCUAUAUAUGUACUUAACAACAAUAUAAAUGUUGGUCCCAUAUUUCAUGAGUUGAAA